ACACAGCUUGGAUCUGCCAUUGCUGUGGCUGUAGUGUAGGCCGGUGGCUACAGCUCUGAUUUGACCCCUAUCUUGGGAAUUUAGUAUGCCGAGGUGCUGCUCUAGAAAGACAGAAAAGAAAAAAGAGAAAGAAAAAAAAUGCUGUGGGUGGGGCCUAGGAACCUUGCUAUGAUUGGAUUCCAAGAGGCUCUGCUACUAAGUGGUCAGAUGUGUAAAACCCAAUUGGGCGAGGUACCCUUGUAACUGGCUGAAAGAGUGGUUGCAUUUAGUCUGUAUUAUUGGGGUCUGUUGGUGAAAACGUCUGGUGGCUCAAAAUCUGAUAGGAAGGACGUGGCUGUGGUUCCUUGUAACAAAAUAUUUGAUAUGGAAUCCUAUUCUAAGAACUCAGGCACUCAGGUAUCCGCCAUGGUAUUAGGUCCUGAACAGAAGACACCGUCUGAAGAUGCUUCUGGAGAACAUGGGGACACGGCCAGUCUUGGUGCCAUCAACCCUGCUUACAGUCACUCCUCUCUCCCGCAGUCGCCCGGGGGGCUCUCAGAGGAGCCCUUCACCACCUACUUUGACGAGAAGAUCGCCAUUCCUGAGGAGGAGCACUCGUGUUUUAGCUUUCGUAAACUCUGGGCUUUCACGGGACCAGGAUUUCUUAUGAGCAUUGCCUACCUGGAUCCAGGAAACAUCGAGUCUGAUUUGCAGUCUGGAGCAGUGGCUGGAUUUAAGUUGCUCUGGAUUCUUCUGUUGGCCACCAUCGUGGGGCUUCUGCUCCAGCGCCUUGCGGCUAGACUGGGAGUGGUCACUGGGCUGCAUCUUGCUGAAGUGUGUCACCGUCAGUAUCCCAAGGUUCCGCGAAUUAUCCUAUGGCUAAUGGUGGAGUUGGCUAUCAUUGGCUCAGACAUGCAAGAAGUUAUUGGCUCAGCUAUUGCCAUCAAUCUCCUAUCUGUUGGAAGGAUUCCUCUCUGGGGUGGCGUUCUCAUCACCAUUGCAGAUACCUUUGUAUUUCUCUUUUUGGACAAGUAUGGCUUGCGGAAGCUAGAAGCAUUUUUUGGUUUUCUCAUCACCGUUAUGGCCCUCACAUUUGGAUAUGAGUAUGUUACAGUGAAACCCAGCCAGAGCCAGGUGCUCAAGGGAAUGUUCCUGCCAUCGUGUUCAGGCUGUCGUACCCCACAGAUCGAGCAGGCUGUGGGCAUCGUGGGUGCUGUCAUCAUGCCACACAACAUGUACCUGCAUUCUGCCCUAGUCAAGUCCAGACAGGUAAACCGAGCCAAUAAGGAGGAAGUGCGAGAAGCCAAUAAGUACUUUUUCAUUGAAUCCUGCAUUGCUCUCUUUGUUUCCUUUAUCAUCAACGUCUUUGUUGUCUCAGUCUUUGCCGAAGCGUUUUUUGAGAAAACCAACCAGCAGGUGGUUGACGUCUGUAGAAAUAGCAGCAGUCCCCAUAGUGACCUUUUUCCUGAGGACAACUCGACACUGGCUGUGGACAUCUACAAAGGGGGCGUGGUGCUAGGGUGUUACUUCGGGCCGGCGGCACUCUACAUCUGGGCAGUGGGGAUCCUGGCUGCAGGUCAGAGCUCCACCAUGACAGGAACCUACUCCGGCCAGUUCGUCAUGGAGGGAUUCCUGAACCUGAAGUGGUCGCGCUUCGCCCGAGUGAUCCUGACGCGCUCUAUCGCCAUCAUCCCCACUCUGCUGGUGGCCGUCUUCCAGGAUGUAGAGCAUCUCACAGGGAUGAAUGACUUCCUGAAUGUCCUCCAGAGCUUACAACUUCCCUUUGCUCUCAUACCCAUCCUCACGUUUACAAGCUUGCGGCCAGUAAUGAGUGAAUUCGCCAACGGGAUAGGCUGGAGGAUCGCAGGCGGUAUCUUGGUCCUCAUCGUCUGUUCCAUCAACAUGUACUUCGUCGUGGUUUACGUCCAGGAUCUAGGGCAUGUGGUGUUGUAUGUGGUGGCUGCCGUGGUCAGCGUAGCUUAUCUGAGCUUCGUGUUUUACUUGGGUUGGCAAUGUUUGAUUGCACUGGGCAUGUCCUUCCUGGACUGUGGGCACACGUACCACCUGGGAUUGACAGUUCAGCCUGAACUCUACCUUCUGAACACCGUGGAUGCCGACUCACUUGUGUCUAGAUGACUGACAGCCUGAGAGACUGUAUAAGACCCACUUUCUCUUAGUCCUUUUGCGCCACGUGUCCUGUUGACAUAGCUCUGUUAGUGCAGAGGUGAGUUUUGUUCAAACGUUUUGAACAAAAGGCAAAGAUUUCCUCAUGGGAAUGGUGUUAAAAGCUGAUAGCUGUUAAGUGUGGGUCAGAGACUUAUCUCGAAGCGGUCCUGCCUGCUGAGGAGUCAAAGGAUUAGCCUAUGAUGGCCACACACCCCAUGGGCUUGUGUCUUAACGUCUGGAAUUUUAAAAAUAUACAUGUGUAUAUGUUUCUAUGAACCUGAACAUACUCGUUUGGGUAGAGUUUUUAAGGUUAUAUAAAAGCGAUAGCUCUUUUGUAUUUUUUUAACAAAUGUUGAGAUAAGUCAGAUAUUUAUUUCGUUUGGAUCUCAAGUGACAAAGGAAAAGGAGCACAGCUCUUUUUCCAAAUGAACUGGUCACACUGACUGACUUUUUCAAGUGAUGCUUGACGAUGGCCAGUUAAAUUUCACUUUGAUUUUAAUCGACCCAGCCUGGGUAAACGGAUACCCAGGCACAUCAUUUCCAAAGAAAACAUUUCUUCUUCUCCGCAGUCCUAUUUAAUCCUGGUUGUUGGCGUGCUUUGUGAUUUUUAUUUUCUUUGUUGUUGCUUUUCUUGAAUUUUUUUUUCAGAGAGAUGUGUAUUUUCCUAGUAGCAGGAUCCAGAAAUCAUACUUUAAUGAAUGAUCAGUUUUCCACACAGCCUUUUAACUCAGCCCAUGCUGGCAUUUCAGUUGUAGGUAUGAAAAGAACAAUGCUAGCAUUUAAUUUUGUCAGUCCCAGCAGAAGCUAAUGGAGGCGUUGGGUUUCUUUCUCACAUGUGUCAAGUCCCACUGUGUCUUUUCUUCAAACUUUUCCCAUCAACACUCCAGACACCAUUUCCAAGUCAGUUUCCAAGAGUGGCUAAUAUUUCUAAUGCUGACUUUCCUAGGGAAUGCUAAGUGUUUUAAGAUAUUUAUACCAAGCAGUAUGAGAUUAGAACUAGACUGGCACUUACUGGAAGACUAGUCCACCUGUCACAAACUGCCUGCCUACAUGUGACUUAUAGGUUUUUUUUUUUUUUUUUUUGAUUGACCCCUCUUCCUAACCAGGAUUUUUCCUUCUAUAACAUUUUUAUAAUUAAAAAUUAAUAUUUAAAAUUUUAAAGCUUCGUCAUAAUUAUCUGGUCGAAAAGUGACAAGAUUUUCAAUACGGGGUUCACAUUCCUUCAUGGAAGUGCAGUUGGCUUGAACCAAAUGGCAACUAUCCAUUUUUCAUGGAAUAUACUCCAGGGUGGCAUCCACACCCUCUCUCAUUUCCUUCCAGCCCCAAAGGCACUGAGUUUGCAAACCCAGCAGCCUUGGUAGGUUUAAGCAUCAUUUUCUUCUUUCAGCAUUAAGAUGAAAUAUCCAACCUCUCUUGCCUUAUUUUAAAGCAGAGUACCUUUCAAUAAGGCUUAAAAAAUUUCCAAACAUGGCCAAUCUUCAUUGAUAAUGAUGUGAUCCUCUGAGUGGCAAGGAUUUUACCAAGACGAUGCCUUAAAAUUCCCCCAUUUUGUUGUGGCCCUUCAAACUUCUGAUAAGAGCAGCAAUCUUGGAAUCCAGGUUAGACCUUCUGAUCUUAAAAAAGCAACUGAGUUGAUAACAGUUAUCAUCUUUUAAUGGAAAAAGAGGUUUAUGAGUUUCAGUGUUUUGGUUUCUUUAUGUAGAGACAGCAACUCUAGGUGAAUCAAUCUGUUGGGUUUUCCUCCUUCCCUGGGCAAUUUCAUUUCUCAAUAGUUUCAUUAUCAGAGAAUGGGGACAUAAAAAAAAAAGACCCCAAAAUCCUGUUUCUCAGCCCAUAAAAAGAUAAGGCGGUUGGUUAAACAGAGAUUUAGUUCUCUGAGGAAUUCUGUAGCUUUUCUCUAUGCUUUAACUAUUGUUACUUAGAACAGACUAUAGCGUUUACAGGGUUUAUAAAUAUACCCCUCAAGUCAUACAACUUCUGUAAUCAGAAAAUUUGGUAAUAACAUAAACUGAAUCAUGCUAAAACCAGAAGAGGAGAUUGAUGUCUAAAGAAUUGAGUCUUGGGUAAAGUUUUUUGGUAAGUUAAGGAUAUUUAAUCUUCUCUAAUUUAUGAUGUACAGUUCUGGAUUUCCAUGUUAUGUGCUUAUAAUGUAGAUAUUAAUAUAUUCAGUCCUCAGAUUAGCCCAGAUGCAUAUAUACUCAGUCAAUUCCUGCGGAUUAACACUGUGAAAUCAAUUUGUAAAAGGAUGCUCUGACAAUGUAUACCCAGAAUGUCAGAAAAAUGCAGUUAAAUAAUCAUUACUGAGCAGCUGCAGUUGGUCUAAUAUAAUAGGCAAUCAGAGCAUAUCCAGGCAUGUGAAAGAGUUGCGUUAGCAAGACAUCAGAGGUUACAGUAGUCAAUGAAAAUAGCCUUCUCAAUUUUAAAUAUUAUAUUAAAGCCACUAAACUUUUGCCCCAGAAGUAUUGUGCAAAUUCAGGUACUGUAUUUUAUCUCUAGGGUCUUCCUGCAAUGGCCUUCCCUCUUUACCCAAGCUACUGUGGGUAACUGACAUCCUGCAUUCUUAACUUUCACAUAUGAUUUUACAUUUUAAUUUAAACAGAACUUGUGAGUGCUCAUGCAUACCUGCUCUUAAUAAAUACUUUCAUUGCCUUUCUCAAGCAAUAACCGUUAUUACUUGAGUUCUUUCAGAGUAAGAUAGAGCCUAUUGGAUUUGGGAAGAAAAGCCUGUUUCUGAUCAAACACUUCAAUUAAUCUGUUUUUAAUGCUGAGCAUAAAAAUAGAGUGGGUCUUUCCGGUAGCCUGAUUAGAACUGUCUUCUCAUUGUGUCAUUAAGGUAAAGGAUUUUUCUGUGCCAGCUGUCCUGUCUUUCAUGGAAAAUAUUAGAGUCAACUGCUGGAAUAGUCACUCUAGUGGAAUAAAGUAGUUGGAUUCCUUCCUUGCCUGUUUUCUAAAGAGGAGAAUUUUUUUUCUUGUUUUUCUUUUUUGGCCUACGUGUGGCAUAUGGAGUUCCCUGGCCAGGGAUCAGAUCUAAGUCACGAUUGCAACCUACGCCGCAGGUGUGGCAAUGCUGGAUCCUUAACGCACUGUGCUGGGCCAGCAGUCAAACCUGCAUUCCAGCGCCCAAGAUGCCGCGAACCCAUUGCCCCACAGAGGGAACUCCUAAAGAGGACAGUGUUGACCAAAAUAUGUGUCCUAUUUGGUGGCACUAGAAGAGCUCAUGACAGGUACAAAUGGCAGAUUUUAAAAUAAUUGCUUGUGCCAGUAGAGAAAAGGGUAUGUAAUACACAGAACAGUGGGUUAAUGUCUAGAAUGCAGACAUAUUUUUAAAUAUUCCUAAGUAUUUCUCCACUACAGGAAACAUCAAGGAAGAGGAAAUCACUACCUCAAAUCAUCUUAGAGUGCACAGUCUUUUAUUUCAGUAGGUACUUUUUUGUUUUGUUUUCUUUCUCAGGCCUGGAGUGUUUGGGAGUAAAUCUGAGUCAUGGGAGUUAUGACUUCAACAAGAUCUAGUUAAAUUUUAGGGACCCUAGGGCAAUUACAGAGGAGUUUGAGGCCAUAGGUAUACUUAGCAUUUAAUGUCUUGUUUCUUGUGUUUUCUUUUUUCUUUUUUUUUUUGUCUUUUCAGGACCUCAGCAUAUGGAGGUUCCCAGGCUAGGGUCCAAUCAGACCUAUAGCUGCUGGCCACAGCCACAGCCACAGCAACAUGGGAUCCAAGCCACAUCUGUGACCUACAGCACAGCUCACAGAACACUGGAUCCUUAACCCACUGAGCGAGGCCAGGGAUUGAACCCGCAACCUCAUGGUUCCUAGUUGGAUUUGUUUCUGCUGCGCCACGCCACGACGGGAACUCCUCUUGUGUUUUCUACAGUGUCACACACCAGAUUAGCAGUAGCACGUCUGAACUGAAUUCUUUCAUCCUCACACUACUGCCAUCUGAGGGAAAAGGGAUUUUUUUCUAGCAAUUUACUUUUAUACACCUAGAAGUACUAAGAAGUUUAAAAAUGAACACACAGAUAUUUAAAUGUUAGACAUUUACGUUUGUGGUAAAAGAGUCAAGUUUCUAUGUAAGAGUGAGGUGCACAGUGGGGAACCAAAAUUAAAUAACAAUACGACCAUGCUCCUCUGAUGUAAUUUCUAAAAAGUUUAUGAAGGGCUCAAUUACCUUGACUUGUUUGGAGAGACUUAAGCCAUGGGAGUAGAGAAUAUCAUUUAACACGGAGAUAGAAAAAUUUUCCGUAGCCACUAUAUAACUUCUCAUUUUCAGGUUGAUUUGGCAUAAUAUAGGUUAUCUUCUGCCACUAACUCGAAAAUAAAAAUUUUAAAAGAAAGUCAUGUCCUAGAUCUGAAAGACAUCAACAAGAAUAUUUUGGGGUUAACUAUUUAUGAGUGUGGAUUUGGGAAUCAACUUAAACAAUUGAGACUUUCACGAUACAAGGCUAUGAGAAUUCUGGCUGAAACUUCUGCCAUAUAAUUUACUAUAUAUUGAAAAGUCAUUCCUCAUAAUAAAUAGUUUUCAAAAGC